CAGACGUCGAGACGUCACGGUUGCUGUGGAGGAUCUUAUGCGCUGUCUGGCUGUGAGUGAGAGCAGAAAACGGUCUCCUCCGUUAAGUUCUGGCGGUGGUCGGGAAAGUUACCAGAGAAACGGUUUUUUUUUUUUAUCCGACCAGCACCGCCUUAACCCGGGUCUCAGACAUACGUCAGAAGAGUCGGAGCCGAACCUGUUCGUGUCGACGACGAGUCCCGUGUAACGGAGAGAAACCAGCUCGAUAACGGACUUUCGAGAUGUUCCAGAUAAAGAGGAUCUGUUGUAUUGGAGCUGGGUACGUCGGUGGUCCAACAUGCAGCGUCAUCGCUCACAUGUGUCCAGAGAUCACGGUGACCGUCGUGGACGUCAACGAGUCUCGCAUCAAAGCCUGGAACUCUGACACACUGCCCAUCUACGAGCCAGGACUGAAAGAGGUGGUUGAAUCAUGCCGAGGAAAGAAUUUGUUCUUUUCCACAGACAUAGACUCAGCCAUCAGGGACGCUGACCUCGUCUUCAUCUCUGUGAACACCCCAACCAAGACCUACGGGAUGGGGAAGGGUCGGGCAGCGGACCUGAAGUUCAUCGAGGCGUGUGCGCGGCGGAUCGUAGAGGUGUCCGACGGCUACAAAAUCGUCACGGAGAAGAGCACGGUCCCGGUGCGAGCUGCCGAGAGCAUCAGGCGGAUAUUUGACGCCAACACCAAACCCAGCCUCAACCUGCAGGUUCUGUCCAACCCAGAAUUCCUUGCAGAAGGAACAGCGGUGCGGGAUCUAAAGGAGCCGGACCGCGUCCUGAUCGGUGGGGAUGAGACAGCUGAAGGUCAAAGGGCAAUCAAAGCGCUGUGUGCCGUGUACGAACACUGGGUCCCCAAAGCACGGAUCAUCACCACCAACACGUGGUCGUCUGAGCUCUCCAAACUGGCAGCCAAUGCCUUCCUGGCUCAGAGAAUCAGCAGCAUCAACAGCAUCAGCGCUCUCUGCGAGGCCACCGGGGCUGACGUGGAGGAAGUAGCCAAAGCCAUCGGUAUGGACCAGAGAAUAGGCAGCAAGUUCCUCAAAGCCAGUGUUGGUUUUGGUGGCAGCUGUUUCCAGAAAGACGUGCUCAAUCUGGUGUAUCUGUGCGAGGCCCUCAACCUGCCCGAGGUGGCUUCCUACUGGCAGCAGGUGAUCGACAUGAACGAGUACCAAAGACGGCGCUUCGCCUGCAGGAUCAUAGACUGUCUCUUCAACACCGUCACCGGCAAAAAGAUUGCUCUGCUGGGCUUCUCUUUCAAAAAGGACACGGGUGACACCAGAGAGUCGUCGAGCAUCUACAUCUCCAAAUAUCUGAUGGACGAAGGAGCCAAGCUCUUCAUCUUUGACCCCAAGGUUCUUAAAGAGCAAAUUAUUCAUGACCUCUCGCAGCCCAACAUCUCGGAGGACAACCCUGAAAGAGUGUCGGAGCUGGUGACGGUGACGUCUGACCCUUACGAGGCGUGUCAGAGCGCUCACGCUCUGGUCAUCUGCACCGAGUGGGACAUGUUUAAGGAGCUGGACUACGAGAAGAUUUACAAGAAGAUGCUGAAGCCGGCCUUCAUCUUUGACGGCCGCAGGGUGCUGGACCACCUCCACGCUGAACUCCAGUGCAUCGGCUUCCAGAUCGAGACCAUCGGGAAGAAGGUGACCACGACGAGGAUCCCCUACACCCCCGCAGCCGUUUGUGCUCGCACCCCAGCCAGCGAACCCCCCACCAAGAAGGCAAAAGUCUGAAGCGGAGACGUCAACACAUUCCUCUCUCCACCUUUUCAUUUCAACAGCAGGGAGGGGGGUCUGAACAGUGUCCUCCCCCCGUUAGCUGACCCGUGUGAGCAGCUGCUUCUCUGCAGAGGACGGAGGGGGCUGAAAUAAACCAGCUUUCAUUUAAAAACCUUCCAGUACGCCCAGCGCUAAACCAGUACACCGUUUUGAUACCGUUUAUAUCCCAGCUCCUCCACGUCCAUUCUGUAGAUCCAAACACGAGGCGACUUCUUACUGUAAUCGAGUUUUAUUCCUAAUGGCAAAAUUUUAUACGAUUUUUGUUACAAAUAUUUUUGUAUAAAUCAUCUUACUGUAUGUUAAUCUUCAGCAUCACCAACUGUUUACUUACAAAGGGCCAAUGCAAUAAACUGAUGUUUGUCUUUUGA